UUUGUGAAUGAAUGCUUGUGGGAGCGGGGGAAUCCAAACGAGGGCGAAAGUCACGCCGCGGUCACAUGGGAUCGUGUCGAAGGGGAGAUUGGAAGGGGCACAGUGCACGCGGAUCCAAAUAUGGGUUGAAUUGCGCGUGGAUGAGGGUUGCAGAUGUUUAUUACCUGCAGGCGCCUUCUCCAUGGGCUCGGCUUGACUCCCUACAAAUCUCCCUCUUCUUCUUUUUCUUCUCCUUCCAACACCCUGCUCUCAGUCAUGACUACAAAAGAGACAACAAUCACGUUGGCCAGCCAUGAUGGCAGUUGCUAUUCUGCACCAGACCGAACCCAGCUCAUGCGCUGCUUGCGGCUUCUACAGGAAUGGCAGGAAUGGCAAUUACGAAGCGAUUGAGUGUCAAGCAAGCAGUAUGGCAGCUGGAGCUGGCGCACAUCCCCCUGAUUCCGGCGAGUCGGAUCUGUACCUGCAGCUUGGGGCUUAACAAGCCAUGUUAAGCGGACUAAUUCCCAAGCUUGCAGACGAUCCCAUCCCGCCCCAGCGGGACCUGAGUUUAUCCGAGGCGAGCCGUCCGCACAAGGCAAGGUCUCACUUGACCGGAGCUAAGUACUUUGCGAUACAUAGUACAAUGCCUUUGUGCAUGCAUUGGCUUAAUAGCCAAUUAAUGAGAGGUCGAACUUGCAGGAUAUCUAUUGACCACUAACCAAACUAUCAGGAUACUAAUCAACCACAAAUUUGAGUCUGCUGCUACACAAUACA